AUGAAGGGCGUAAAAAAGGAAGGAUGGAUAUCUUAUAAAGUUGAUGGAAUAUUUUCGUUCUUAUGGCAAAAGAGAUACUUGGUACUGAAUGAUUCGUAUUUGGCGUUUUACAAAAGCGAUAAGUGUAAUGAGGAACCAGUCUUGUCUGUGGCUUUGACUAGUAUAACAAACGUUAGCAGGAUACAAUUAAAACAAAAUUGUUUUGAGAUUCUUCGGACAACAGAUCAAAAAGAGAACAUAUCCCCCAUAAACUCCUACUUUUAUGAAUCAAAUUCUAAAAGAUCGAUAUUCAUUUCUACAAGAACCGAACGAGAUUUGCAUGGUUGGCUUGAUGCUAUUUUUGCCAAAUGUCCACUACUUAGCGGCGUUUCAUCACCAACGAAUUUUACACAUAAAGUACACGUCGGGUUCGACCCAAAAGUGGGCAAUUUUGUUGGAGUACCUGAUAGUUGGGCCAAACUACUACAAACCUCAGAAAUCACCUAUGAUGAUUGGAACAGAAACUCGAAAGCAGUUAUUAAAGCAUUACAGUUUUAUGAAGACUAUAAUGGACUCGAUACUAUGCAAUUCAAUGAUCAGCCCAACACAAGCCUAGAUUUGAAGCCUUUAAAAAGUCCGCCAAGGUAUAUUAUAAACAAGAGAACUAAUUCUAUCAAGAGAUCAGUGAGUAAGACUCUUCGCAAAGGCAAAACAGAUUCUAUUUUGCCUGUCUAUCAAUCAGAACUUAAACCAUUCCCGAGAUCCGGUGAUAAUAAUUGCAGCGUUGCUAACAUAGUGGACACUAAACUAUAUGAUGAAUGCAGAAUGUACGCUAGUAAAGAAAAUACAGCAGAACUCCAGAGAAAUCAGUUAGGAAAGAAAGAACAGCAAGCUAUUCAAAACCAUUUGCGAAGGCAUGAUAGCAAUGCGACAUUGAAACCCCGUCGACUGGCGCCAUCUGCGCCUGCUACAAAAGGACACGAUAGUAAAAUCAAAUCGCACAGGGAGGAUCUUCUUGAACUUAGGGAUAAUGAUGAUUCGUAUGAAAUAAUAAUGAAGAUGAAAACCGUUGCCAUCGACGUAAACCCAAGACCGUAUUUCCAGCUGGUAGAAAAGGCAGGUCAAGGAGCAAGCGGUGCAGUCUACCUGUCAAAGCGAAUAAGGCUGCCCCAAGAAAAUGAUUCGAGAUUCUUAAAGUCACAUUGUCAUCGGAUCGUAGGAGAAAGUGUGGCUAUAAAGCAAAUACGAUUAUCUGAACAACCCAAGAAACAAUUGAUCAUGAAUGAACUCCUAGUGAUGAACGACUCGCGUCAAGAAAAUAUCGUUAACUUCCUUGAAGCCUAUAUUAUUGAUGACGAAGAGUUAUGGGUGAUAAUGGAGUACAUGGAAGGGGGCUGUUUAACAGAUAUAUUGGAUGCAGCCGCGGGGAGCAAUACUGGCAAUAACUCAUCGCCGUUAAAUGAAAACCAAAUGGCAUAUAUAGUAAAAGAGACGUGCCAGGGUUUGAAGUUUUUACACAACAAAAAGAUUAUUCAUCGGGAUAUAAAAUCUGAUAAUAUCCUUCUUAACUCCCAGGGGUUAGUAAAAAUUACAGACUUUGGGUUUUGUGUGGAACUAACAGAGAAAAGAAGCAAACGUGCUACCAUGGUGGGCACCCCAUAUUGGAUGGCACCUGAAAUAGUGAAUCAGAAGGGCUACGAUGAGAAAGUCGACGUUUGGUCACUAGGGAUAAUGCUUAUUGAGAUGAUAGAAGGUGAACCACCUUAUCUGAAUGAGGAUCCCUUAAAGGCACUAUAUUUGAUAGCCAAUAAUGGCUCACCAAAAUUAAGGCAUCCAGAGUUGGUGUCAAAGGAAACCAAACAGUUCUUAGAUGCCUGCUUGCGAGUGAAUGUUGAAUCAAGAGCAUCAGUGAGGAAAUUAUUAACGUUUGAAUUUUUGCUAAUUGCAUGCGGUCCUGAGGAGCUCAAAGCAGCCUUAAAGUGGCAUUAG